AAAAAAGAAAAAAAGAAAAAGAAGGAAGGUAUCCACCCCUCUUCAGCUGCUUACAAAUCCGCGACUCAAAAGUUUUACUUUAGUGAUAGAAUUUUGGCCAAAUCCCGAAAUGUCCGGAAUGUAUAGAAUAGCGUUUUUAGUUGUGAUCUUCACCAUGAGCGGCAUCAGAAGUGGUGACUCGCAGACCGUGGAUCCUCCGGGAGUCCCUUGUGCCUCAAAGUCCAACACCACUUGUGAAGACUGCCUUAAGAAUGUCACUUGUUUGUGGUGCAUGUCAACGAAGGAAUGUGUGGACUACCCUGUGAGAAGCAUCCUGCCUAAACCCAGUGUGUGUCCAUUAAAUAAUGCACGAUGGGGUCUCUGCUGGGUCAAUUUCCAGAGCCUGAUCAUUACCAUGUCAGUGCUGGCAGGCAUCAUCAUCAUUGCCAUCCUGGUUUGCUGUUUCUGCUGCUGUAAAUGUGAAAAAAUCGGGAACAAGCGACAGGACGCAAGAGCUGCCCAACAGGAGCACGCGAGGAAGGCCCGCAAGGAUGAGAGAAAGUCUGAGAUGAAUGUGCGUCACGAAGAAGUCAGGCAGAAAUAUGGUCUUACAAAGGGGAAUCCUUAUUCACGCAUGGAUGAAAAUUAAGAAACAAUCCAGGCGAAGAAGACGCAAUAGUAACAGAAUCUCAACAACUAUUGUGUCUUUAAUCAGAAAUUGUUGUGAUGUUGUAUCGUUAGGUCCCUGUGGAUUGUCGUUCCUAUCAAGUAGAAUGUGUUAGACUGUGAUGUUAGAUUUUUAUUUCAUGCCAAUGACAGAUAAAGAAUGUGAUGUUAAACCAUGUAAAUUGAAAAUGCACUCCAUUGAAUCACAUUUCAUUAUAUUGCCUCUUUACAUAGAUAUCAUGUGAUUAUGUUUUCCACUGUAGUCAUUUGUUUCUGUUAUGCUGUAUGUUUCAUUAUCAAAAAGAGUAAAGCCUUAAAUUGA